AUGCGUGCGAGCACCCAGCAGCAGCGCUGCGUCGCCAUUGUCGACCCCAUCUCGACCGGAGCCUGUGUGGCCGUGGAGGCGACCAAGCGCGGCUACGCCGUGGUCGCAGUCUGGUCGGCCGUGGUCACAAAAGACCUGCGCAACAUGGUGCCGGAGCAUGCAAAGGGUCUCCGAUACCAUGCCCAGGUGGACGAGGGAGAGUCGAUCGAGGCGACGACACAGCUGCUCCGCAAGGCCGCGGCGCCGCACAAGGUCGACGCUGUCAUUUGCGGCGCAGAGACGGGCGUCGAGCUCGCCGACCGGCUGUCGCAGCGGAGCGGGCUGGCAAGCAACGGCACCGAGCUGGGCAACCGGCGGGACAAACACACGCAGCAGCAGGCCUCCCGCCAUACCUGCCUGGCCUACCCUCCUUCCCCUCCAUC